UUCGUAAAUGUCGUAGUUAAAAGGCUUACUCUGUAACAAGCAAAUAAAUUCAUAUGCAUCUGCACAUUGUUAUAAACAAGCUUUACUUGGGCACGCCAUUACGCACUAGAUCUCUCACUACUUGGAAAUACCUGCAAACCUGCUUCGCCUCGCACAACAAAGGUAAACUUAAUCUCACCUUAUUUUAUAUUGCUUGUUUAGUUAGCUGAGCAUCUCUCUCGCGAGUAAAUAAAUCCAUAAUCGCAUGAAAUUCCCAACUUAACUUAGCCUAUAAUGUGUCGUUCGGAAAAGAAAGAAAUUUUACACAAUGGUUAUUUCUACGAUGUUACCAAUUUUUCCCAUCCUGGUGGAAAUAUCAUAAGUUUCUUUGUUAACAAUGGGGAAGAUUCAACCAACACUUUCAGACAAUUCCAUCACAGAUCUAUAGCAAAAUCAUCCCUGAUGCUGCAAUCCCUGCCUAGAAGAAAGGCUGAACCUGGAGAAUAUGCAACAACAAUUCCUCCCGAGCAGUUGGAAAGGCACCGGCAACUCACUGCUGGUUUUCAAAAAUUGUUCAAGGAACUGGAACGAGACGGAUUUUUUGAGCCGUCUCCAACCUACAUUUGUAUCAGGAUAGUCAGUCUCUUACUCUUUAUCGGUGUCGGAUUCCAACUCGCUUUCCUGGAUGCGACCGUUCUCCGUCUUCUGGGUCUCGUAAUGCUCGCCGUGGGAGGAGCUCAAAGCGGUUGGGUUAUGCACGAGGCAGGUCACUACUCAUUGACAGGGAGGCCCAAGUUGGAUCGAAUUCUCCAAUCUCUCAUAUUUGGCCUCAGUACAGGCUUCUCGGCUGCAUGGUGGCGUACUUAUCAUAAUCGACACCACGCGGCAGCGCAGCGGGUCGGAAAGGACGAAGAUGUCAAUUAUCUUCCGCUGAUUGCUUUUAACAAGGAAACUGUUCCAACAGAGGAGGAAGGAAAGUCUUUCUGGGUACGAAAUCAGGCCCUGUUGUACUUUCCAAUUGACGGCUUUCUAAUUAUAUUUUACUGGAAAAUGGUUAAGUGUCCCCGAUACGCCUGGCACAAAGGAGCGUAUCUCGACCUAUUCUGCAUGGGUGUACAUUACGCGACCGUGGCUUACUCGUUAGGCCUUCUUCCGUACCUUUUCGUCAUUUGGAUGACUGCAAUUUACACAUUGGGCCACUUGUCGUUGAAUCAUACUCACACUCCCGUUACGGAAGUGGAAACACACUGGGUGGAACAUGCUCUGACACACACGGUCGACAUUGCCCCCAGUUGGUGGGUUGACCUCAUCAUGGGAUAUUUAAAUUAUCAUGUCCUUCAUCACUUAUUUCCCACGAUGCCACUUUUCCGAGGAAGGAAGGUUAUGGACAGGAUUAAACAAUUCGCACAAGAAUAUGGAUUACCUUAUCAAUGCCACUCGUAUUGGAAAUCCAUUCAACUCACAAUUACCAAUGUGAGAGAUGUGGCAAGAGAAUUACAACAGGGGAUUUAAAAGUAGCCAAUUUAGUAUUAAGUGGAACCACGAUACAUAUUUAGAUAUUUGUUUGCUAAUUUAUAUUUCUUACAUUGUUAGUAUGAACAAUUUUAUUCGGUAUGUAUUUAUGUACAGGAUUACGAGUGACUUAUUGACCGGACCUCUGAGAUAAGAAAUACAAUUGGUCCAUGUUAUGCAUAUGCUUACGUAAAUAAAUAUAUGUACUACGAAUACGAAAACUAAA